ACCCAAAAAUACAAUUAGGAAUUAGGGGAAUUAAUAAGUAAUAACACCACAGCUACUAGAGCUGCUUCCGUGACCUACCGUCUUCCUCCGUGUUAGGGUUUUCAGAGUAACCGUGUUCCUUUUCUCCUUCACUCACCAUCGUUCUCGUAUCAAAUUGAGCUUCGAUUCUUGAUUUUUCAGUAACCAAAACCAUUACAACAUCACAAUUCCCACUAAAUUUUCCUGACACUAACUCGCGGAAUCAACAGUUUCGCGCGACAAGGGUUAAUGGCUUAUGUGGAUGUGGAUGGUUCUUCUGGCUCUGGAGAGGAUUUGAAUAUGUUGGAUGGGCACAAGCUUCACCCUGUUCUACCGUCUGGUUCCGGUGGUGGUCGAAAGCGGAGCCGGAAGGCUAAUGGGGAUGCCAUAGUUGAUGCCAUGCUGGAGAUAGCAGCUGCUUCGAAGAUGAGGGCAUCUGCAAUUUUGAAGAGUGAGGACAGGUUUUCUAUAAGCAAGUGCAUUAAGGUGUUGGAUGAGUUGCAAGGCGUUGAUGAACGGGCUUACUUUCUUGCUUUGGAUUUGUUUGAGAAUAGCUCUAGUGCUCGCGAGAUUUUCAUUUCUCUCAAGGGAGACAAGAGAUUGCCUUGGUUGCUGGGCAAGUGUGUUGGUGUCCCCUCUAGUUGAUAUUGUUUAUGAAAAUGCUUGGAUUAUGUUGAAUAGGGUCCUACAGUACCAUUUUGUACAGAUUUGAAAGGGAUUUAUGUAUAGAUUUGGAAUUUUUGAAUGCUAACAGAGCACUUUCCCUUUCACAUGAUUUCAAAAUUUUAGCUGUCAUUGCUGUUU